AUGGAGAAACUCAAGGAUGACUUUCGCGAGGAUAGGUCACUUCUUCAGAUCGCAACAGACGCCAUCCUUCUCCCCCUCCGCAUAGCGACGUCCCCAGCCCUACUGCGAACCUAUCUCCGCACGGUCCUUCUCUUCAUCACCUCGACCAUCCUCUUCGCAUUCGCAGUCGUCGCAUACUCGUCCUUCUACUACAACUACAUACCCGUGCGCGGCAUCGCCGUACCCGUAUACCUGCAAUUCGACCACGGUCCGAUAAUACCCUAUGCGAACGCGCAAUCAAAUGGCGUACCGACUGGCAAGCCAGCAAAAUGGCCGUAUGGCCUCGCCAACAUACCCGGCUUGGUGGACCGCCAGAAGUACGACGUCGUCGUCGAGAUGGAAGUUCCGCGUAGCGAUACAAAUCUAAAAGCGGGGAACUGGAUGGUGGGGCUGGAAUUUCGGGGCCCUACAACAAUUGGCCAGGGUGUGAAGCAUCUACUUGGCUGGGAUGAGGAGUGGAGUGUCGAAGACCACAGUCAAGGCGGUACACCCGGUGCCACGGCGGAGAAGGUCGUCACAGAAGGUGCUACGAGCGAGACACCCACGGUACUAGCCAGAAGUCGGAGACCAGUGCUUCUUACGUACCGAAGCCGGAUACUCGAGAUCAUCUACAGGCUCAUGCGCCUGCCAUUGUAUCUUAUCGGCUGGCACACAGAGUCGGAACACAUUGAGAUCAGCAUGAUGGAAUCGGUCAUGUUCGAACCGGGAUACCGCAACAUACCGUCUUCACUCCGCUUAGAAAUACGAUCGAAACUCCCCCUCGAAGUCUACCGCGCCAGCGUACGCAUCAGCGCCAGAUUAGAAGGGUUCCGCUGGUUGAUGUACCGAUACUGGCUCACCAGCGCCAUAGUCGGCAUCCUCACAUUCUGGGGCAUGGAAAUGGCUGUCUUGCUCUUUACAUGGGGUGUUUUUACCCUGCUAUUCAGCAGUCCCAGUCCCAACCCCCCAUCCCAGGACGAUGCGCACCAACGGAAAAUCAAGAAAGAAGAAGGCGAACCCUUCCCCAAACUCGAACACGGAGACAACACAGAACCAGGCACGCCGUACAGCGACACGAGUCGUACUUUCCCCACACUCCCUUCCCAACAACCGCUCUCGUAUAGGUCGCCCAGUCCGAAAGAAGAAGAAGGGGUAGAGACUAGGCUGGAAGAUAUUCCUACGAGAGAGGAGCAGGAGGCUGAUGAUGAAGAGGAUGAUGAUUUCAUACUGGAAGAGCCUGUGCCGAGGGGCGUGGAGAGGGAGGGUGUGUUUACGGAUUCGGGGAUUGGGACGAGUUUGGAGAGUAGUGUUGAGAGGGGGUUGGCGAGGCGGAGGAGUGGGAGGGGGAGUGGGAAGGAUAGGGAGGGGGGUUAG